GUAGUUGAGCUAAAAUAAAUUUGACUUAAAAGCAAAAACAAAUAAAUAUAAAAAUAAAAAAAGAGUAAAAGCUGUCUCUCUAGCUCUGACGUUGUUUCCUGUCGAAGUCGCAGACUCGUCAUCACAGCUCAGGCGAGAAAUUCUGGGUUUCUUCUAUCUACGCGCAAAAUCUCUCAAAGAAGCUUCUUCAAAGGUAACACAAUCAUCUCCUCUCGUUUCUCUAUUUGAAGAAAGAAUCAGAGAGAAGAGGGAGAGAGAUAUAUAGAGGAUGCCUGUGAUCUCCAAAGCUUCAUCUACCACCACCAAUUCAUCGAUUCCUUCGUGUUCUAGGAUUGGAGGGCAGCUUUGCGUGUGGCCUGGUUUGAGACAGCUUUGCCUCAGGAAAAGCUUAUUAUACGGAGUAAUGUGGUUAUUAUCCAUGCCACUGAAAACAUUGCGUGGAGCUAGAAAGACCCUUAAAAUUACCCACUUUUGUAGCAUUUCCAAUAUGCCAUCCUCAUUAAAAAUCGAACUGGUGCCCUGCAGUAAGGACAACUAUGCUUAUCUGUUGCACGAUGAAGACACCGGAACAGUUGGAGUUGUUGAUCCUUCUGAGGCUGCACCUGUUAUAGAGGCAUUGAGCAGGAAAAAUUGGAAUUUAACUUACAUUUUGAACACUCAUCAUCAUGAUGAUCACAUUGGGGGGAAUGCUGAAUUGAAAGAAAGGUAUGGCGCAAAGGUGAUUGGAUCAGCUGUUGAUAAAGAUCGGAUUCCUGGAAUUGACAUACUUCUGAAGGAUAGUGAUAAGUGGAUGUUUGCUGGCCAUGAGGUUCGGGUACUUGAUACUCCUGGCCACACACAAGGCCAUAUUAGCUUCUAUUUUCCCGGUUCAGCGACAAUAUUCACAGGAGACCUGAUAUAUAGCUUAUCCUGUGGUACCCUUUCAGAAGGUACCCCCGAGCAGAUGCUUUCAUCACUCCAAAAGAUCGUGUCUUUACCAGAUGAUACAAAUAUAUACUGCGGCCGUGAAAACACAGCAGGCAAUCUCAAGUUUGCACUAUCCGUAGAACCAAAGAAUGAAACUCUUCAGUCCUAUGCAACCCGAGUCGCCCAUCUUCGCAGCCAGGGACUCCCAUCAAUUCCUACGACUGUUAAGGUCGAGAAAGCAUGUAACCCGUUCCUCAGAACAUGGAGCAAAGAUAUCCGAAAAUCUUUAAGCAUUCCAGACUCAGCAACAGAAGCUGAAGCACUGCGUCGUAUACAGAGAGCCAGAGAUCGUUUCUGAAAGCUUGGGGUAUCUUUCUUAAUUGUAUAGAAAAAUUUGCAAGUCAUCAUCAGCUGCAAAGAUUGAUAUUUUAUAUGUUUUGGGUUUUCUUCAGUUAUCGAUUUGAAUGUGUAUUCAACACAGAAAACAUCUAAAUAUGUAGUUUCACUCAAUUAUUAAAUUAUUGAGAUUUUUAAGUGUAAUUUAUGCUUCAACA